AAGCGCGCAUUGCUUCAGGGAAGCUGGCAUAUUUUUGUAUAUUUUACUAUAAUUGUUUUGCAUGGUGAAGAAGUAAGCUUUCAUGGCACUCUGGGUUGACAAAUAUCGGCCCCGUGAAUUAUCCAAAUUGGAUUAUCACAAGGAUCAGGCCGAGAAUCUGCGUAAUCUAUGCAAGCAAAGCGAUUUCCCACAUCUGAUGUUCUACGGACCAUCUGGCGCUGGUAAAAAGACGCGCAUAAUGUGCCUGCUGCGUGAAAUGUACGGUGCCGGCGUGGAGAGGCUUCGCAACGAGACGAUGAACUUCACAACGCCAUCGAAUCGAAAGAUAGAGGUGAUGACUGUCGGCAGCAAUUACCACUUGGAGGUGAAUCCCUCGGAUGCUGGCAUGUACGAUCGCACCGUUGUCAUCGACCUGAUCAAACAGGUGGCGCAAACGCAACAAAUUGAUAUUAACGGUCAGCGGGAAUUCAAGGUGAUUGUCAUUUCGGAGGGGGAUGAACUGACUAAGGACGCCCAGCAUGCGCUGCGCCGCACCAUGGAGAAGUACGUUGCCACAUGUCGCAUAAUACUCUCAGUCAAUUCCACAUCCCGUAUCAUUCCGGCUAUCCGAUCGCGUUGCUUGGGCAUUCGGGUGCCAGCGCCCAGCGAGUCCGACAUGGCGGCUGUUCUGCAAAACACAUGCAAGCGAGAGGGUCUCGUCCUGCCGCCCGAGUUGGCCAAGCGGGUGGUGGACAAAUCCGAACGGAACAUGCGACGAGCCCUACUGAUGCUGGAGGCAUCCAAAGUGCAGCAAUAUCCGUUCACGGCGCAGCAGGAGAUCGUCGAGCUGGACUGGCAGGUGUAUCUGCGUGAAACUGCCACGCAAAUUGUGAGCGAACAAACACCCGCAAAGCUGGAGAAGAUCCGCGAUCGCUUAUACGAGCUACUAUCGCAGGGUGUACCGCCAAAUCUCAUUUUUCGCGGCCUCGUCGAGCAGCUGGUCAACAACUGUGAUAUGUCCAUUAAGGCAAAGACUCUGGAGUUUGCCACACAAUACGAGCAUCGCAUGCAAAACGGUGCCAAGCAUAUAUUCCAUUUAGAGGCAUUUGUGGCCCAAUUUAUGAAUAUUUACAAGAAGUUUUUGGCCGAACUGGUAAUGACAGAUGAUUUUUAG